UACUUAAGUUACGUGCAUAUGUACUGAAUACAUACAUAAAUCUUUAUGUGUGCCAAAAAGUCAGAAUAAGUCAUUUACAUAUUCAUUUCCUCAAUCUUGUGUAAUUUAAUCACCCUCAAAAUUUUGUCUUACAAUGAAUUUAAACUUGUUUUUUCGAAAUAAAACUUUCCUAAAAAUUUUCUCAGUCUUCUCCGCGUACUUUGUUCUGCUUCCUUUCAUCAUCCUGGUCGUGGUACCACUUUACAUUUACAAAAGAAUCGUCAUAUAUCUCUCCAAGGGAAGAAAAAACUACGCCCCGUUAAGUGUGGACGAUUGCAUUCACAUUGUUGACGAUAUACACGGCCGACCAAGUGGUUCAAUUUCGGGUGUAGUCUGUUUAAAAAGUGGUCAUUCUUUCGAUGAUUUGGUGGCCCGAGUAGAACGAGUAAUUGCCAAGAGUCCGAAAUUAACUUGUACAAUUACUCGAUGGAUGUCCGUCUACUUUUGGAAAAGAUGCGAAGAUUUUCAAAUUUUUAAUCAUGUCUCCCGUAAUGAAGAAUCUGAUCCGGAAAAACUCACCCAACUGGUGAACAAUCUAAGCGAGAAGGAUUAUCCGGUGGGAAAACCACUCUGGGAAAUUAUAUCCCUGCCAAAUUAUGUCCACGCAGAGAGCGGAACAUCUUCCGCCAUUGUUCUCAGAGUGCAUCACAUCCUCGGCGAUGGUUUAGCCUUACUUUCCAUAAUACGCGAUGUGUGCGACAAGGAUCCCGCUGCCGAUGAGGAAGUUGAAAAACUGUUGAAAUCAAUCAGGAAAAAAUUGAGUUUAAAUUUCUGGAAAAAAAUCAGCUACUUUUUGCAGAUAGUAUUUAUCACGCCGUGGGAAGUCGUGUACUGGUGGGUGUGUGGGUUUAGUUCGCAAAGCAUCCCGCGAAAUUCAAAACAGGGUCGGAACUGUGACUAUGAUAGGAAGAUAAAUGUGGCGACUUGGAUUGAUCUAACGUUGUUGAAACGCAUCUCUAAGAAAAUUGGGGCUAAUGUGACGUCCGUGAUUCACGCCGGCGUGGCGGGCGCGGUUCGAAGGAUUGUUCUAGAGAGGGGCGGUGAUCCUACGGGAGAUAUUGCGGGUGUCUACAUCCUUCCCAAACUGAACCAUCCAGGAACUUUGUCGAACAAUGUGUUUGGCGUGCCUCUGGUCUCCCCGAUGUCACGAGAAGACAGGUUUCAACGAGUCGCCCGGAUUUCUAAAACAUUUGACCACAUGUUCUACUCCUCCCUGCCAAUAGGAAUGAUGACACUUUUCAACGUAUUCGGAUUAUUGCUUGGCUUCUUCGGACAGACGAGAAUUACGCCAAAUACCUGCACUUACAUACACUCGAAUUUUGCCUACUUCGGCGAGCCGAUGAAAAUUUUUGGAAAUACGUUGGAAAGGUGGAUCACAGUACCGGGGCUGCAACGCAACGGAAAUCCUCUCCUUGUAAUCACUACGAGUUAUAAUGGAAAAUUAGGGCUACAACUGAUCGGAGAUAAGAGAAUUUUUCCAGAUGAGGAUAGUUUAAUGCGGAUCGCGAAUUAUGUUGAGGAUGAGUUUAAAUCUUUGGAUAUAGAAAAGCUUUAUAAUUGACAUCGCCAUGUUUUGCCUUGUUUCCAUUUUAUUACUUAAAUAAUUUGUCAUUUAUCAAUUACUUAUUGAAAUAAUUACCUAUACCAAUACAAAUUAACGAGUUUGAAAUUCCGGUUUCUCUUCUGAAUAAAGCGUACCAAAGUAUUAAGUUCGCAUAAAAUA